AUGACAUCCCCUUUCAAGAGAGUUGCCAUAAUUGGUGCUAGCGGAAGUAUUGGUAAGAUCGUGCUUGACGGCCUCGUCGCAUCUUCGCAAUUUACCAUCACGGUAGUCUCGCGGAAGGAAAGCGUUGCAUCCUUUCCUCAACUUGUCACAGUUCUCAGGCCCGAGUUCUCGGAGGCCGGUCUUGAGGCCGCCUUCAAGGACCAAGAUGUUGUCAUCUCGACAGUCGGAGCCGCUGGAUUUGGCGAACAGAAAAAGUUCGUCGAUGCUGCCCUGCGUGCCGGUGUCAAACGAUUUAUUCCGUCUGAAUUUUCAGUCAGCAGUCUGAAUAGUGCCGUUCUGCAGCUACUUCCGCUUUUUGGCCAGAAGAAAGAACUGAUCGAGUACCUCAAGACCAAAGAGGCAGAAGGUCUGAGCUGGACCGGUAUUGCCACGUCCGGUUUGUUUGAUUGGGGCCUUCAAAACAAAUUUCUUGGAUUCGACAUUGCAAACAGAACUGCCACUAUCUGGGAUAGCGGUGACAAAAUUUUUACGCUCACCAAUGAAAAGGAGCUCAAGCAGUCGGUUGUCUCUGUCCUUCAGCAUCCAGAUGAGACCCGCAACCGAUACUUGUAUGUCGCUUCCGUGGAAACCACCCAGCGGGAGAUACUCGCUGCUUUGGAAAAAGCACAGGGAGCCAAUUGGGCGGUCACCGAGACCACGACGGAAUUGCAAGUCAGUGAGGGCUUUGAGAAGCUCGGAGCUGGUGAUUUCAGUGGUGCCUUUUCAUUGGUCCGAGCCACUGUUUUUGGAAACACGCCUGGUCUAUGUUCAAAUUACGCCAAAGAGACGGAGUUGGCUAAUGAAGUUCUGGGUUUGAAGCUUGAAAGCAUUGAGACCACUGUGCAGCGAAUUGUAUCUGGAUAG